AUGGGUCAGGAAACUAAGAAGAAGUCUCGAGAUAAGCGUCAGAGAGACGCACGGGAGAUACAAACGCCGGCCCCCGAUGAAGACGACUUUGACUCGCCAGCAGAGCAAUCGCCACUAGAGGAAUCACCACUAGAUGAAUCACCACCAGCUGGAACCUCUUUAAACGAUCCACCACAAGCCACUUCUUCUAUACAGGAAUCACCACUAGCUACAUGGGAGCCAACACAGCCCACACCAGAAUCACCAUAUAUCGGACCCUCAACACAAAUAUCAACACAGGCCACCUCGUCUGCACAUAAAUCUUCCUUGUCCGGGGCUUCUUCACAGGAUACUCCACAACCUGGAUCUUUAGGGGGAAAAGGAAAGGCCCCAGAGCGGAAGAUCAGGUUCGCUAGAAAUCAAACUGAGGAAGGUGACUUCGCCCCGAACGCAGGAAGUUAUGACUCAGGCAAUGAAACGAGUUCCGAUGGCGAGCUUUCAGAUACAGGCGAUCAAAUGGACGAGGACAAAUUAGCUCCAAUCGGUUCCUGGGUUAGAGAAAUCAUAAAAACCGAAACUUCGAGACAGUCGCAAAUAAUGAUCGAAAGAUUCUUUCAUACUGAUCAACCUCAAUAUGAUCAGUGUCUGAAAUUUUUUCAAGGGCUCAAUGCAAAAAUCCGGAAAGCCAAUAGGACAAAUAACGUUACAGAUGUCAAUACUGGCACCGUCCCAGAAAGAGGAUAUAAUGAUAUAUUUCGAACUUGGCAUCAACAGGCUAGAAAUACCGAUACAGCUCAACAAUUCUGGCUCGACUUUGGAAAUACCCAGCUUUUGAUCAAGCUCUUUAAUCAAAGACAUCAUCUUCCUUGGGACUGGAAUAUGAAGCAAGAAUGGGCUAUGAAUUUUGCAGAUAGCCCCCCUGAAUUCACGGAGGAAAUCUUUUUCAUUAGUGAUAAUGAGCAAGCUGAUUUUUCAUCUGUUAACAAUAACCAGGGAGAUCUAUCAGAAGAGUCAAACAGUGAAAGUGAUACUGGGAUUGAGCUAACAGGGCUUGAUGCUCUAGAGGCAAGAACUAUAAACCAACAGCGCCGACUAAGUUCAGCUAAAGUUCUGUAUUGGUGGCCUAAAGGUACUGGCUCUCAGAUCUUUGUACGCUAUGGAGAUCGGUCUGUUCCAAUCUACCGUAUUCGCGCUGGCUCAACUGAGAGCUCUGAUCCUAGCAAGGUCGAACGCGUUUUAACAACAAAAACACGCGGUACUGCUCGAAUUGUGGAGUCAAUGGACGGGAACCAAGAGGAAGUUUGGAUGUAUACCCGACAGAAUGUGGAAGAUAUCAUUGGUAUUGGCUGGAAAGUCGAAGAUGAUGAUGAAGAUGGCCUUGAUCCUCUUGACUUGAUUGAACCCGCAAAGAAUGCAAUCUACCCACAGACUCGUAUUCUGGUUAAAUGGAGAGAUGGUCUAUCUACACUUGAAGGACGGUCAUUUAUUCGUCGUAUUACUAAAGGCCCGGCCUUGGAUGGUGAUAAGGUUAUAUAUCAAAAGGCUGAAGAAUCAGAGCUCUCUUAUCUUGAGAAAUAUGGGGUAGAGGUAGUAAAUGAUGAUGCUACUGAUAAUGAAGAGAGUGAAGAUGGUGACGACGAAAGUGAUAGUUCCGAUGAGCCCACAACUAUUCCAGGUCAGAGAUAUCGCAGCAAACACACUAACCAACAGCAAAAACUUCGACCUCACAAUAAGCCAAUACAAAACCUCCGCCCAGUUACUAAAGGUCAUAAUAAGCCUAUGCGAAAUGCCCGGCUGGUUGCUAAGGAUCGCAGUGAUGGACACCAUAAGGAGCCUAUGAAAGAUUUCCGCAUAGUUACUGCUGAGAGUUUGGAUUCUUCAAGUGAGCCCAGUCGUGGCUACAAGAAAAACAAAAGCAAGCGUGGCCAAACAUACCGCAACAACAUAGCUCGCGAUCCGGCAUAUCAACAGAAACCUUCUGAGGUAAUAGCAUCUACUAAGGUAGAACAACUUCAGCGCGAGAUAAGUCGUUUAAGGCUUAAGAAUUCGGAAUUGUCUUAUCAUGCGAAUAAUAGACGAGUAGCUAGAAUGGGUUAA